AAAUGACCGCCGAUCUAAUGGAUUUACGGAUGCACCAUCACCUAGCGCUCCAGACGGAGUUCUACCGGAUGCAGAUGCAGCGUUUGCCAGAUCCGUAUCCGGCAAUGCUACCAGUUCCACCGCCCCGGCCACUGAUGAUACCGCCGCGCUACAACACCCUGCCGGAUGUGGACAUCAAGCUGCAGAACCGCGAUCUCUGGAGUCAGUUCCACAAGAUCGGUACCGAGAUGAUCAUCACCAAGAGUGGCCGACGCAUGUUUCCCUCGAUGCGGCUGUCGGUUAAUGGAUUGGAAGCCGAGGAGAACUACUUCAUACUGCUCGAGAUGGUCCCGAUCAGUGACUGUCGGUUCAAGUUUAGCGGUUCCCAGUGGGUACCGGCUGGUGGUGCCGAACCGCAGAGUCCUCAGCGUAUUUACUUUCAUCCGGAUGGACCAGCACUCGGUUCCCAUUGGACGUCGCAACCGAUCGUCUUCAACAAGGUGAAGCUCACCAACAACACGCUGGACAGUAAUGGUCAUAUCGUCUUGACGAGCAUGCACAAAUAUCAACCACGUAUUCACGUCAUCAAAGCCUCAGAUGCUACUCAAAUUCCGUGGGCACCACAGCAAGCCUUCACCUUCCCUGAGACGGAGUUCGUCGCUGUAACUGCCUAUCAGAACGAUCGCAUCACAAAACUGAAGAUCGACAACAAUCCUUUCGCGAAAGGUUUUCGGGAGACGGGUCAGUCACGGUGCAAGCGCAAGGCAGGACUUUUGAUGUCACCCGACUCUGGCCUUGGCAAUCGCAGUUCGGAAGAGGACGAUGAGUCUGAUGGGCAGGAAACGGGCCCGGAAGCGAAACGUCCACGUACGAGCAGCCUUGCCGGUUCCCUAUCCUCCCUGGACGACAGUGAACUUUCCGUCAGUGACGGAUCCUCCAGUGGAACGAGCUCCCCGGUAGUGGUGGAUGAUUUCGGAUCUCCGGUACGUCCUUCACCUUCUUCGAUGGCAGCGAGUGCAUUCUACCAGAACCAUCACCCGGGCAUGGCUAUGCAUGCAGGGCUGUUUUCCGCGCAACAUCCUCACCAUCUGUCCCAUGCCCAUCCGAUGCUGCAGCAUCCUGGUGGAGGUUCGUGGAUGGACCUUAUGUUUCCUUCGUUCGCCCGGUCGCAGACAGCCGGAGGUGGAUCGCCCAGUCUGGAACCGAGUGCACUCGUACAGGCCGCUCAGCAGCUGCAACAGUUCGCGCGCCGUGAGUUCCUUCCCCUUCCGGUACCCUCACCCCGGACACCCACAAUCAACAGCAGCACUGGUGAGCAGGACAGCCCAAGCAGAAAGCAGCAGCAACAUCUCCCACAGCAUCAACUCCCCUUCAGCAUCUCCGCCAUUCUCGGGCACGAUCGGUAGACGGUCGCGGGGUGUGAAUUGUUUGCACAAACAGCAUCAUCGGAAAGGUGAGUGGUUGUCGCUGGAAGACGC